CCGUAAAUAAUGAAUAUUUAAUACGGAAAUCACUAACAAGCACGCCAACAGUAAACACGACUCUAUUGUCUCAACGACAAUAUCACUUGUGUAAUAGAUACACCUUGCGCUCAAGCCUGUACGGACGUGCACGUGAUCACGUGAUCGAGGUUACUUCCGUGUAUCUGACAGAAUGUCGAGCGGUGUUGCUCCCUACCUGGGUAGUAAGAUCAGUUUGGUGUCCAAGUCGAAUAUCCGUUAUGAGGGGGUCUUAUACACCAUCGAUCCAGAGAAGGCAGCCGUGGCCCUUUCCACAGUUGUAUCAUUUGGUACCGAGGGCCGUCGAGGCGGUGUGGACGAGGUACCACCCAGCAAUGAGGUCUAUUCAUACAUAACUUUCCGUGGAGCUGAUAUCAAGGAUCUGCACGUGGUCGACACGCACCUGAAUUACGCCCAGUCCCAAAAUCAGGGCCGGGGGAUGGCACCGGGUGCACCGCAACAGCAACAACAGCCGCAACCAUCUGCUCCCCCAGUGUCAGCACUGCCUACCACACCCAAGCCCGCGUCUACGGAUACUACUGACACUACCAGUAGUGGGGAAAAAGGGCCGGAUGGCGAAGCAGGAAAGGACGAGAACACCUCUACAGACGGAAGGGUUCAGACGCCUACAGGCCCUCAAGGCAUGCAACAGCAGGGUCCCUAUCCGUCGCACCAGCAACCAGGACAGCCACCGUUUCAACAAUACCCGAACAAUGGGCCUCAGGGUCAGUACAUGCAACCACAGGGGCCAUAUGGCAUGCCACCCAACCCACAGUACGGGUAUGGAGGUGGUGUAGACGCCUAUGGCAAUCCGAUGGGACCCCCCCAGAACCAGUACUACGGAGGCGGUCCUCCGGGUGGGUGGGCACCAGGGCAUGGCCCAAAUCAGGGAUACUACGGGUACCCUCCCAUGGGUAUGAACAACCAAGGGCAGUACAUCCAGAAUCACCAUCAACACCCGCACCACGGAAUGCACCCACAACAACACCAACAACAACAGCAGCAGCAUCCAAACCUGUAUCAGGUUCAGCAGCAACAGCAACAGCAACAGCAACCACCCAAUGCGGAAGCACAGAGCGGACCGCAGCCACCACAGGACAUGGAAGCAAGCAAGGAAGGUGCCAUUGAUGGUGAGAAGAGUGAUGAAGUCAAGAAGGAGACUGCUGGAGAGAGCGGAGGAUCAACUGGGGCGAGCAAGGAUGAGGGUGGCAAGAAGGCGGAUAAAAGUUCGGUACCCUCAAAAGCGGAAGAGAGUGGAAAGAAGGUCGCCAACAAAGAUGGAGGAAAGAAGAACGUAGAGGACGUGAGGAAAGAUAGUGCCCAGGUAGAGAAGCCGAAGAAACCCGCAACAUUGGCGGAACGAGUGGCGGCCAAUAAGAAAGACGGGGACUCCAAAAAGAAGGACGAGCCUGAGAAACCGAAUGCGAAAGCCAAUUUGGAGAGUGCGAAAGGAAGGGAGUCAGGCACUGCUUUCUCAGGCACCAUUAGUAAGGAUAAAGGUGAAGCGAAUACCCAGACUUCCACGCAGAAUACCCCACAGGCCAAAGCACCAACUCAAACACCAGCGCCAGCACCAGCUCAGCCACAAACUGGCAAGGCCGGCGGCAGCCUGUUACCCACACCUGGCACGGGUGGCAAUAACACUCAGAUCAAUGGGGGCCCCCAGAAGCACACACAGGCACAAGUACAAGCCGCCAAUGCCACGGCACACAACAACAAGAGCACUCGAGGUGGUACGCAGGGCAGUGGUGAACGUAGGAGGUACUCGCGCGGCGGUGCACGCCAGGUAGCGAAUGCGAACACUGGAGCACCGGUACCCACUCAGAAACCCACAGACAUGCCAGAGUUCGAUAUGCAGACCGCUAAUGAGAAGUUCGACAAGGAAGAGAUCGAAAAGGAAUUCGAGGAGAUGCACAUUGGGGAUGGUGCACCUACGGCCCACACCAAUGAUGAGGAUAUGGACGACGAGGGCAUUUACGACAAGAAAAAGUCGUUUUUCGACAAUCUUUCGAGCGAUAUCGUGGAUCGCCAGAAAGAGCAGGAAAGCGGCGAGAGAGCGCAUCGCAUGAGCCGAGGCGAGGAGCGUCGCAUGAAUGUCGACACCUUUGGCAACGAAGCAGCCAAGUUCACUACCAGCAACUACCGUGGGCGUGGUCGCGGACGGGGCGGCUACAACAACAACUACAGGGGCCGGGGAGGCCGAGGCGCGUAUUCGAUGUCCAACGGUAUGCCUGGACGCACGCCACAUCAGACAAAUGAUCGUAACAAUAACAAUGAGAAUACCUUCAACAACAAUGGCAGGCACCACAACAAUAACGGGUACAACAACGCCGGUCAACAGGGCAAUAAUACGUGGCAGAAGACCCAGCAGCGAACUGAGAACGCCAAUGUCCGUGUAUCCAGUCCAAGUGCGUAGCGGCAGUGAAGUGAGCACUCCUGCAAGCACCGCGGUCGAGGAGUGAAUGUGUGUGCCGAAACAAACAGCCUGUAAUGGCAGUGAGAGUUGAUUAAGUUCAGCGUGGCGUGUUCGUUUUUGAAACGCUGUAGCCGGUAUUUGAACGAUGUCUAACAUGUCGACUACACUAAAUACAUAUGCAGCAAAAUCAGCGACCCCAGAACCAUAUUCAGCAGCCCACCCGGUAGAUUGGUUUGGAUAAUCAGGAGAGCGCUACGUAUCGAGGAGCUUUUGAGCGCUGCCGCUGCAGCACAUUUUCAGAACAGUUCGAACAGCCAGAAUGCGAUGAGAAUGCAGUGAGAUGGGAACGGUUCUAAACGGGUCAAGGAUUAGCCCAGGCCAGGGACAAUUAGUGUACAUAUUAUAUCCUGGGCUAUUGGCGAUCGAAGUGUAGUGCAGAGGGGUUAAAACGGUGGAUGGCAGGAGACAGGGAUACGCACGUUACACAUGCAUGCACUCGCUCGCUUUUGUGUUCAGUGCAAGCAUAUGGAAGGCGCUUUCUUCAAUGUACGCUCAUUACGUUCACCAUGAGAGGGAGAUGGGAUGUGUGUGUGUGUGUGAGUCAAUACCAAGGUGUGUCAGGUUCAUAGGGCUCGCGCGUAAGACAUCGGCAGGUGCGAAGGUUCCGCCCGAAAUCGAAGGUGAGAAUUCUCAGGCAUGGAAGGUGCCGGUCCUAUCAAUUGCGAGGCGUCAAGUGUCGUACCUCUCAUCAGUUUUUGAUAAGAUUUAGUACAUGCUUCCUUGAGGGGAGUGAAGAUUCGAUUAGAAAUACAUGCAUUCAAUAACAGCGAGGCGAAGUUGGACCGAACAGUUCUUGUUCAAAAGACACCUCUUGAAGUUAAAAUAAAAGUGAUAUUUGUGUUGCAUA